UAUUGACAGCUGCUUGAUAUAUAUAAAAUAUAUGGAAACGAGUGGCGCCUAACUUUUUUAAAGUUUUCAUUUUAAUUAUCUCGAAAUGAAGGAAGCUCUAAAUCCUGUCAAAUUCGGUUUUUUGGAACGAUAUUUGUGGGUGAACAGAAUGUCCGAUUAAAGAAUGGAAAAAAAAAUUCAACAGUUCGAUCUCGAUAGUUGUACCUAGCGUUUCCACUGUUUUUUUGUGACUCUCGCUUCUUGAGAUCAUCGCGACACAAAAUGACGAGUUGAUGUGUCCGCGUCGAGCGUCAAGUAAGUAAGAAAAAAAAAACUCGCGAAGGACUACAUAAAUGCUCUGCUUCGCACCGCAUUAAAAACUCGCGCAUGACCACAUAAAUGCGGUGCGAAGCACAGCAUUAAAAGCGAAGCAUAGAAAGAAAAGAAAGAAUGCGAUGCGGCUUAUCUAUAGCUCGAAUAUAUCCGAAAAAAAGUAUACAACAUAUAUUCUAACACCGUCUGUAUGUACAGAAAAAUCUUUAAAAUGUUUCACAGAACGCUUCUACCAAUUCGAUAUCAUCCAUUGUACAUGAAAUGAAUGUUUCUUUCUCGAGAUAUUGAUUAUUCAUGAAAGCUCAAUUUUUUGGAAUAAAUCUGUCACAAGCAACUACUAGUUUUUGAACACGCGAUAUUUCGAGAAAGAAACAUUCGUUUCUAGUAAAACUUUCAGAAUAUUCUAAGGCUGAUUAGAUCUAUCGGUGGGUACAAUUCCAUUUUCUUGUGAAUACCUACGAAUAGGUCAAAAAUUCAGUAAAACAGUCAUUAUUUCUGAUCAAUUGACCAUAGGCACGAAUUCUUCCAGGAUUUUCUUCUUCUCACUGAGUCCUAUUCAUAGCCAAAAUAUUGAGUCGAACGGCGUCCGACUGUUGAGAAUGUUUUCUCGUAAGCCAAUAGACAAGGUAUUUAAAGGAGAUACACCAUUUGAUGAGAUGAGUACUGCAGAUCAGGAUUUAUCCUCUGCAAUGACCCUUUUGUUCAUCAUUAGUUUACUCACUACUUUUGUCAACACUUCGUCCUCUCAAAAGCGCAUUGAUGAUAUUCGUCAUAUCAAAAUAGAUAUAAUAGUACAGAGUCAGUGACAAGAAAAUAUCACGUUAUAAACAAUAAAAUUGAUCUUGUUUCUACUUUUUUUGUGUUUAACAGGUAAGAAUUAUGAACUCCUCGACGUUCCUGGUUUUGAUUCUCCCAUCAAAGAACAUCGUGAUGCUGGUCUACAAGCUAUAAAAACAGCUGACGCUUUUCUUUUCCUUACCAAUGGUCAACAACCAAGUCUGACUCAGCCACAAAUUCGUCUUCUUCAUGAAAUUCAAGAAAAUCACUUCGAAGCAAUGCAACGUGCAUUUGGUAUUAUCACAAAACUCGAUCUUUGUCAAACUCCAGCAACUUAUCAAGACCAUUAUGAUAAAGCUUUUAAUGAACUCAUUGAGAAAAACUUUAAACCAGAACAUAUUUAUGUUGCUUGUCCACGAUUACAGAUUCUCGACAAAAAUACUGAAGAAUUUCGUAUUAUCAAUCGUAAAAUACAUAAUUUUAGUGAUGAUUUAGCGCAAGGAUUUGAACGAAGUCAACACGGUCUUGAAAAAUUUAUCGAAUAUGAACUGCCUAAAACACAUUUGAAACAGCUAACUGAUUUGGGAAGAAUGCGAUUGGUUCGACAUGUGUUAGAAGCCCUUGAUAAAAUCAAAGAAAAACAACUUUUGCCGCAAAAUUUGGAUAUCUCAAUUGAUGAAUAUAUUAAACAGCAAAACAUCGAAAACUGGGAUCAAGUUUACUACAAACAUAUCUUUCAGCCUACUUUUGCUAAAGCGAACCAUUGGCAUACAACAACUAUUACCAAAGAACGUACAAAAUUUAUCGAUGAUGUCAAACUUAAAUUUCAUAACUCUUUUGUCGAUCUUACUAAAGAUUUUCUUAAAGAAAUACAUCAAAUUGAACAAUUGAUGCUUGAAACACAUGGUUAUACAGUACUUCAAUUAAAUGCACAUCCAAUUGACAAUAAAAU